UCCCUGUAGCCAAUCACCUGUCGGGAAGUUAUGAAUGUGUCUGUGUUCCUGUGGUCAGGACGCGUUGCCGUCCUUACGACGUUUUUUCUUUAAAGGAAGGAGGAGGCUUGAAGGAAACACAGAAGAAGCUUGUGACAGCUGAGGUCAGAUGACGGGAAUGCCCAAACAAUGGACAUAAUGGAUGAAAAGAAAAUGGUGACACUGAGUGUAGAGGAUGGCCCGUGGACAGGAUGUGCGGUUCUCUUCCUGCACUCCUGUCCCGCAGUGAACCUGCUCUCUCUCUACAAAGACCAGCAGGGCAAGUUCAGCGUCUUCAAAGUCCUCAAGCUGACACUCACAGACUCAGCUGGGGGGCUGGAGGGGUACGAGAUCCUGAAGCUGCAUGAUGCAGAUCCUCUGCUGGGUGUAGAGGUGAAGUUUGAGGAUGUGGCGGCGUGCCGCAGGUUCCUGCAGAGCUAUGGCUCCGGUGCCGUACAACAGUCCCUCUCCCAGCACGCCUGCCGCCUCCUCCACGGCCCACAGGAGCUUGCCUUGGAAACCCAGCUCAAAGCCGGGACGCACACUUUGGACUUUUGUCUGGACGACCUGGAGCUCUGUCUGCAGCACAUCCACCAGUCACAGCCGGGGCGCCUAAGGGAUGAUGAGAUUGCUGAGCUGGACCAGCAGCUGCAGAGCCAGGCCUUGGGUCACAUCCCCCAGCCACCCACCCUCUCACAGGAAGAGCUCCCCGUGCCCAGCAACUGUUUCCUGUUCCAGAAGAGGGUGUUUGAGGACCGCAUACUGGCGGCAGGGGACCUGCAGCGGUUCUCCAACGGCGUUGGGCGGGACUGGAGGAAAGUGGGGCGGGCCUUGGGCAAGAACUGCUGUGCGCUGAAGGGGCCGGCCAUAGACAACCUGGCCUACGAGUAUGAGAGGGAGGGGCUGUACGAGCAGGCCUAUCAGCUGCUGAGCCGCUUCAUCCAGGCGGAGGGGAGGGCGGCACGGCUAGGCCGGCUGGUCAGAGCACUGGAAGACAGCAAACUCACCAGCCUGGCUGAGAACAUUUUGGACAGCCAGCCCCGGGAGUGACGCUGUCUGUCACACUGUCUGGGGGGGGGUGUGUUGGUCUGUAUGUGUGUGUGUGUCUUUGUGAAAGAGUGGUAACGUGUGGGUGGCAUUUCUUGUGUGCUACCACAUGUCUUUUCUGUGUGAGUUUUGUGUCUGUGAGCUUGAUUGUAUGUUUUUUUUAUUUGAGUAAAAUUGUAUUGUGUUACAAAACCAAUAGUUCUCAUAAUUGCUAUGUCUCUUCAUUGUUGUCUCUGGUUGGAGAGCAAACUGAAAUCACUGCGGGCCUUUUCUUCUUCCGCUAUAAACCCAACCCCCUUUCUCCACCACAGACUGGACCCUUGAUGUAUUUGUUGCAUUUCAUUUCCACAAUCCAAGAUCCCGAUAAAACUUUUUACUAUGGAUUACAUAGAAUAUUUAGCAAACCCGUUGAUCCUGCUUUCUUAAAUGCCCUACAGUCUAUGGAAAUACCACCCAGGUAAAAAAUAUGUGUCAACUUUGGGAAAUGGGCAGUAUCUAAAAAAUGUGCACACACACACACAGCAAAUGUUUUACUAUCCUUGUGGCGACCUAAAAUGUAUUUCCAUUCAAAAUCCUUUUUUCCCUAAGCCCUAAACCCAACCCUAAUUGUAACCUUAAACCUAACCCCAAAGUUUAAAACAGCCUUUGUCCUUGUGGGGACUUGGGAGAUAUCCCCCAAGGGAGACUUUUCCUUGUUUUGCUAUCCUUGUGGGGAUUUUUGGUAGCCAUGCGGAUAGUAAUACGAGCCCACACACGCACUGUGACACAUUUUGUGUUGUUUUAGCUCUGUUCUCCAGCACUUUGGAUGGAUUUGAAAUGAUACAAUGACUAUAAGGUUAGCUUGCACACUGUCAGCUUUAAUUUGAGGGUAUUUUCAUCAUAUCGAGUGAACCGUUUAGAAAUUAUAGCACUUUUUUUUACAUACUGUAGUCCCCCCAAUUUAGGGGACCAAAAUUAUUGAGACAAAUUCACUUAUGUGUAUUAAAGUAGUAAAAAGUUUAGUAUAGGUCCCAUAUUCCUAGCACGCAAUGAUUACAUCAAGCUUGUGACUCAAAAUACAAAAAUUGUUGGAUGGAUUUGUGUGUGUUAUGUUGCUUGUGUGUGUGUGUGUGUGUGUUGGUAUUUGUCUGCAGUGCAGUAUUUGUAAAAGUUAAUGUGUGUAUGUCACUGUGUCUGUCUCUGUGCGUGUGUGUGCAACUAUGUGUGCAUAAACACAGUGUGUAGUAAAUCGUGAAUAAUGAUGACUGAGAAAUUUACUGAGGCAUAAAUACAGUGGGGCAAAAAAGUAUUUAGUCAGACACCAAUUGUGCAAGUUCUCCCACUUAAAAAGAUGAGAGAGGUCUGUAAUUGUCAUCAUAGGUACACUUCAACUAUUACAGACAAAAUGAGGGAAAAAAAUCCAGAAAAUCACAUUGAAUUUAUUUGCAGAUUAUGGUGGAAAAUAAGUAUUUGGUCACCUACAAACAAGCAAGAUUUCUGGCUCUCUAACUUCUUCUUUAAGAGGCUCCUCUGUCCUCCACUCGUUACCUGUAUUAAUGGCACCUGUUUGAACUUGUUAUCAGUAUAAAAGACACCUGUCCACAACCUCAAACAGUCACACUCCAAACUCCACUAUGGCCAAGAACAAAGAGCUGUCAAAGGACACCAGAAACAAAAUUGUAGACCUGCACCAGGCUGGGAAGACUGAAUCUGCAAUAGGUAAGCAGCUUGGUUUGAAGAAAGCAACUGUGGAAGCAAUUAUUAGGAAAUGGAAGACAUACAAGACCACUGAUAAUCUCCCUCGAUCUGGGACUCCACGCAAGAUCUCACCCCAUGGGGUCAAAAUGAUCACAAGAACGGUGAGCAAAAAUCCCAGAACCACACGGGGGUACCUAGUGAAUGACCUGCAGAGAGCUGGGACCAAAAUAAUUUGGAGCAUUUGGAUGAUCCAUAAGAAGAUUGGGAGAAUGUCAUAUGGUCAGAUGAAACCAAAAUAUAACUUUUUGGUAAAAACUCAACUCGUCGUGUUUGGAGGACAAAGAAUGCUGAGUUGCAUCCAAAGAACACCAUACCUACUGUGAAGCAUGGGGGUGGAAACAUCAUGCUUUGGGGCUGUUUUUCUGCAAAGGGACUAGGACGACUGAUCCGUGUAAAGGAAAGAAUGAAUGGGGCCAUGUAUCGUGAGAUUUUGAGUGAAAACCUCCUUCCAUCAGCAAGGGCAUUGAAGAUGAAAUGUGGCUGGGUCUUUCAGCAUGACAAUGAUCCCAAACACACCACCCGGGCAAUGAAGGCGUGGCUUCGUAAGAAGCAUUUCAAGGUCCUGGAGUGGCCUAGCCAGUCUCCAGAUCUCAACCCCAUAGAAAAUCUUUGGAGGGAGUCGAAAGUCCGUGUUGCCCAGCAACAGCCACAAAACAUCACUGCUCUAGAGGAGAUCUGCAUGGAGGAAUGGGCCAAAAUACCAGCAACAGUGUGUGAAAACCUUGUGAAGACUUACAGAAAACGUUUGACCUCUGUCAUUGCCAACAAAGGGUAUAUAACAAAGUAUUGAGAUAAACUUUUGUUAUUGACCAAAUACUUAUUUUCCACCAUAAUUUGCAAAUAAAUUCAUUAAAAAUCCUACAAUGUGAUUUUCUGGAUUUUUUUUCUCAUUUUGUCUGUCAUAGUUGAAGUGUACCUAUGAUGAAAAUUACAGGCCUCUCUCAUCUUUUUAAGUGGAAGAACUUGCACAAUUGGUGACUGACUAAAUACUUGCCCCACUGUAUCAUACCCCCAAAACAUGCCAACCUCUCAGCAUUUCAAUAACAGGGGAGGUUACCUUUUGGGGGGGGGUAUGACAUUUGUGUGUCUGUAACUUUCUCAGUCAUCAUUAUUCAUGAUUUAUUCAGGACAAUCCGUAAUCAUGGUCGCAUCCACAUUAAUGUAGAAGUGUUUGGAAAUAUAUUAUGUUCUUAUUUACAAUAAAAGUGACUCCAAAAUGA